UUAUGCCUCAGGUUUUCGGCCCCAUGUAUGCUUAUUUCCCUUUGGCCCUGUAGCAACCGCCAUCCCAUAAACUAACCAACGCUGAAGGAGGUUGAUGGCAUCGCAAACUUUUGGAUCCUCAGCCGAAUGGGAGGACUGCAGUUUUCGUCUAUUUGAGAACCAGUCCACAGGCAAAUAUCGUCUUCUGACAUUGCUGGGGGGAAAUGCCGAUCAAAGAAAUGUUUCAAUAUCGGCGACAGAAUUAGUACCCGAAUAUGGCUAUCAUGAAAACCUACCCGUCAUCUACCUUCGAGCGGCGGGACAGGGAGCGUACUCUCCUGCCCCUAACCUACCCCGGGACAAGAACAUCAAAUCAAGUCGUAAGUCGUCGGUCAGCAGCAAUCCAGGAACAUCGCUCGCUACAUCUUUAUAUUACAAGUUCCUCAAUCUAAUUGAUAUGUUCAACUUCCAACAGGCCUUCAUGGGCGAAACAAUCGAGGCCGACGUCCAAAACAUCCGGUCCGUACGCUACACGCGUGGGUUUCUCUCCGGUGAGCACACCACCCACCGAGCGCGAAUCCAACUGUGGAAACCUUCCGCCACCGAACUCAGCGGCGGCACAUCUACUCACCGCAGCUCACUCGUGAUGAACGGCCGAGCACCGACCAUGCGCUCCACCGCACCAACAGAAGUAAUGCGAGUCAAGGCCACACGACUCGUCAUCUAUCUCGACGGAAUCAUCAUCAGCAUUUUUGUCACUGACGACCUGGUGCACGCCACCCCGGUCAACACUACCCGCACACUCCGCAUCAGACCCAGCUCGCACCGCACAUUCAACAAUCCCAGCUCGGUGAAAGCAUGUGUACUCGGUGACCCGAAACGGGAUCUUAUCGGCGGGUUUAGGCUGGACAAAGAGGGACUUGGCAUCGAGAGACAGGAUACAUUCGAGGACUUCAAGUGGUUCGAAAUUGAGUUCCAGACUGAGGCUGAGUGUCGGUGCUUCGGCGAGGACUUCUCGGCUGCACUGCAGCAGAGACGAAGGGAACGGUUGGUGGUCGAGGAGCUCAAGAAGAAGGCUGGACGGGGAGUUAAGGCUGGGGAGGCCGUCUGGUGACGACGGACGUUUUCGAGUCUGCAUGCAUUUUCUAACGGAUUUGUUUUUAAUUCAUGUUUGCCGCGGGCGCGGAAUGUAUAUAUAUCGGUCGUUGCAUGGUCUAAUUGAACUCGGAGAGAGAGACAGGAGUCUCGGUGUGAC